AUGCUUGAUCUAUUUCUGUUGCUGCUUUUGCAAGUGGCUUUUGUCUACAAUGCAAAUACUACCAGCUGUCCCACCAGUUAUCCUGUUCCUGUUCCCCAUGAGUGGUACCAGCCAGGUGACCUCAUCAUUGGUGGGAUUUCUUCUCAGAUCUUUUAUGUAUUUCUUGAAGUUUUCUUCAAAGAACAGCCUUCACAGAAUAUGUUCAAAUUUCCAUACGUGGUGACAAAAUUCUAUCAGCAUACCCUUGCCUUGGCAUUUGCUGUAAAAGAAAUCAACAAGAAUCAAAAGAUCUUGCCAAAUCUCACCCUUGGAUUCCACAUCUAUGAUAGUUAUUACGAUGCAAUGAUGACCUAUCGGACUACUCUGGACCUACUUUUCAAAUCACGUAGAUUUGUCCCCAACUAUAUAUGUGACACUCAAAAAAACCUCGUAGCCAUCAUUGGAGGACUUAGCUCUGUUACCUCCUUUUUUAUUGCCGACACCAUAGGCCUCUACAAAAUUCCACAGCUCCACUCUUAUCUUUCUGGCAUUACAUUCAACAACUCGGUUGGAGAAACUCUGAGCUUCAAUGGGAAAAAGCAAAUGGGAGGUUUAUUUGACAUCAUGAACAUAGUUACAUUCCCCAACAAGUCCUUCCUUCGAGUGAAAGUUGGACAAGUGGGUGAUGAUGCUCUUGAAUCAAGAAAAAUCAUCAUUCAUGAGGACAUGAUAACAUGGCACAAGGGUUUUAACCAGAUGAUGCCUAUUUCUGUGUGUAAUGACUGCUGCUCCCCUGGUCUUCAGAAGAAAAGGAAGGAAGGAGAAAAAUUCUGCUGCUAUGAUUGUGCUCCAUGUCCAGAAGGGAAGAUUUCAGACCGGAAUGAUAUGGAUGACUGUUUCAGAUGCCCAGAAGACCAAUAUCCAAACAGGAACAAACAUGGUUGCAUCUCCAAAACAAUCACCUUUCUUUCUUAUGAAGAACCAUUGGGGAUCAGCUUAGCCUCAAUUGCUCUUUCUUUCUCCAUUGUCACAACUUUUGUGCUUUUAAUUUUUGUGAAGCACAGAGAUACACCCAUUGUCAAAGCCAACAAUCGAGAUCUCACCUGCACUCUCCUCAUCUCUCUACUGCUCUGCUUUCAAUCUUCUUUGCUAUUCCUUGGCAAACCAGGAGAAGUGGCCUGCCUUCUCAGACAACCUGCUUUUGGCAUCAUCUUCUCCAUGGCUGUUUCUUGUGUGUUGGCAAAAACUAUUACUGUAAUUGUAGCUUUCAUGGCCACCAAACCAGGGUCCAGCAUGAGGAAGUGGGUGGGGAAAAGACUGGCCAACUCCAUUGUCUUUUCCUGCUCUCUCAUUCAAGCAAGUAUUUGCACUCUCUGGUUGGCCACUAGUCCUCCAUUCCCAGAUUUAGACAUGCACUCACUAAUAGAAGAAAUCACUGUGCGAUGCAAUGAAGGGUCUGUGACCCUGUUUUCCUGUGUUUUGGGCUACUUGGGCCUCCUGGCUUUCUUCAGCUUCCUGGCAGCAUUCCUCGCCCGCAAAUUACCUGACAGUUUCAAUGAAGCCAAGUUCAUUACGUUCAGUAUGUUGCUGUUUUGCAGUGUCUGGCUGUGCUUUGUCCCUACCUAUCUGAGCACCAAAGGGAAAUACAUGGUGAUGGUGGAGAUCUUCUCCAUCUUGGCCUCCAGUGCUGGGUUAUUGGGCUGCAUCUUUGUCCCAAAAUGCUACAUUAUCUUGCUGAGGCCUGAGCUCAACAACAAAGAACAACUAAUAAGGAGAAAGAAUUAA